AUGAGUUUGGAAGGGAUAAACUUCACCCAGAUCUCUGAGUUCCUCCUCUUGGGCCUCUCAGAGGACCAAAAGCAACAGCAGCUGCUCUUCACACUCUUCCUGAGCAUGUACCUGGUCACAGGGCUGGGGAACCUGCUCAUCAUCCUGGCCAUUGUCACUGACACCCGACUUCACAACCCUAUGUACUUCUUCCUGGCCAACCUGGCCUCUGUGGACAUUUGCUUCACUACUACCACCAUCCCUAAGAUGCUGGUCAAUCACAUCACAGGAUACAAAGGGAUCAGUUACACGGGUUGCCUGACCCAGAUGUUCUUCUUCAUCUGGUUCAUCUGUAUUGACAGCUUCCUUCUGGGUGCCAUGGCUUACGACCGUUAUGCUGCCAUCUGUCACCCUCUGCACUAUGCCACAUCUGUGACACCACUGGUCUGUUUCCUUCUGGUGGCAGUAUCCUGGAUGGCAGCCUUGGGAAAUGCCCUGGUCCACACAGUAUUAAUGGCCCGCCUCUCAUUCUGCAACCACAACCAUGUCCCCCAUUUCUUCUGUGAUGUCAGCCCUCUGCUGAAACUGGUUUGCUCUGACACCUCUCUCAUCAAUGCAGUACUGAACACUGUGGGUGCCCUGCCCCUUUUCAUCCCAUUUGUGGGCAUUUUGGUCUCCUAUACAAAUAUCUUUGCAGCUGUGCUGAGGAUCCCAUCCACAAAAAGCAAGCAGAAGGCUUUCUCCACCUGUGGCUCUCAUCUCUCUGUGGUGUCCCUGUUCUAUGGAACACUCAUUGGAGUCUAUUUCAGUCCUAUGUCCUCCCACACAGCCCAAAAGGACACAGCCGCUGCAGUGAUGUAUACCGUGGUCACUCCCAUGAUGAAUCCCUUCAUUUACAGCCUUCGCAAUAAUGACAUGAAGGGAGCCUUGGGAGCCCUCUUCAGCAGAAAGCUAGCUUUUAUUAGGUAA